AUGAAUCAAAAUCAGCAAACCCUCCUUCCCAAUCCCAUUUCCCAAAUCUCUUGACUGUUCAACCCUUCACCCUUCAUCUAGGGUUCCAUUAACUCCACGUUCUCUCACACACACCAAAACCCACCCAAAAACACGCAGUAAAACGCCUAUAAAUAACCCCCUCGUGGGCACUCUCCCGAUGUCUCAAUUUCGAUUACGUUUGUGCGAUUGUGCUGUUAAAGAGUCGAUUCGGAAAGUUCUAGGCAUUGGGUAGUAGCGAUGGGGCGCAGCCGAGGCAAGAAGAAGGGCAACGAAGAGUUCGAGCCACGAGAAGUUGACGAUUUCGACGGUGGAAAGGCCGGGAGGAAGAAGCGACGGCGAUCGGAGUUCGUCGAUGAUGUAGCGGAGGAGGAGGAGGAGCGCGAAUAUCGGGCUGGUAAACGCCGCCGCUCAAAACGGAAGUCCGGGUUGCAGUACUUAGACUGGGAAGCGGUGGUUGAUGAUGAUGAGGAGGAAGAUCAGGAGGACGAGGAAGGAUUCGACGACGACUUCAUAGAGAAUGGGAGCGCAGAUAUACUUGAUAAAGAUGAUGCUAUACAGACACAUCGUAGUUUCCUUGUUGAUUCUGAGGAUGAUGAAGAAGAAGAUAUUGAGGCACUUGAGAAGAGGGUACAGGAAAGAUAUGGCAAGAGAGAUUUGGAGCUUGAUGAAGAGCCAACAGAAGUCGAACAACAAGCUCUCUUACCUACUAUUAGAGAUCCAAAAUUGUGGAGGGUGACAUGUGUGAAUGGUCAUGAAAGAGAAGUUGCUUUUUGCCUGAUGCAAAAGUCUAUUGAUGAAGGAUCUCAUCUGCAAAUCAGAUCAGCUGUAGCUCUUGAUCAUAUUAAGAACUAUAUUUAUGUUGAGGCAGACAAAGAAGCUCAUGUGAAGGAGGCAUGUAAGGGAUUACGUAAAAUAAAUAGUAAACAAAUAAUGCUUGUUCCACUCAAGGAGAUGACAGAUGUCCUUUCAGUGAAGACUAAAGCUGUUCAUCUUUCUAGGGGUGCUUGGGUGAGAAUGAGGAACGGAAUGUACAAAGGAGAACUUGCCAAGGUUGUUGAUAUAGAUAAUGUGCGGCAGAAAGUAACGGUGAAACUGUUCCCCUCAAAUAACUUGCGGGCCCUAGGUGAUGGAGUUUCAAAGAAAAAUGAUUUUCAUAUCACACCGCGUUCCAAAGAUGGUUUUUUACUCAAAGAAGUGUCCUUCAGAUCAGUUAAUGCAUGUGGCGUACAUCCCACUAUUGAUGAACUUGAGAAAUUCCUUCAUUCUAGUCACAUUGAAGAUGGUGAUAUGGCAAAUUUAUUUAGUCUAUCGACAAAUAGGAAGAAAGCGCAGUUUUUUAAGGGUGAUCGAGUCAUUGUCGUGAAGGGUGAUCUUAAGAACUUGAAGGGAUGGGUAGAGAAAGUUGAGGAAGAUAACAUCCAUGUGAAACCAGAUGUAGGGUAUCACCUGGAUUAUCUUGUAAUGAGUCACAAAGAGCUUUGCAAGUACUUCGAACCUGGGAAUCAUGUUAAGAUUAUAUGUGGAGCAGCAGAAGGUACAACUGGUUUUGUGGUUUCUGUUGAGGGGCAUUUGGUGAAUAUAAUAUCUGAUACCACAAAGGAACUUCUUCAAGUAUUUGCUGACCAUGUCAUGGAGAUAUCUGAAGCAGCAAGCGGUGUCGAUCAAAUUGAAGAUUUUGAGCUUCAUAACCUUGUGCAGCUGGAUGAUUCGAGUUUUGGUGUCAUCAUUCAUAUUGAGAAUGAAUCUUUCCAGGUACUAAAGGGGAUCCCAGGGAAAGCGGUGGUAGAAAUUGUAAAGCUGGGAAACAUAAGAUGCAAACUUGACGGAAUAAAAUAUCAAACAAAAGAUCAACUAAACCACCAAUUAUCAGUGAAUGACCUUGUGAAAGUUGUGGAGGGUGUAUGGAGGGGAAGGACAGGUAAAAUUGUACAUAUUUACAAAGGAAAUCUGUUCAUUUAUGACCAUCAUCACCUGGAGAAUGCAGGCUUUAUGUGUGCAAAAUCUCAAUCUUGUAUACUGCUUGCUGGUGGAUCACGAGCAACUAACAACUGGAACGGUGAGAAUACUAGCUCAUGCUCUCGUGUUCAUCUGUCUCAACAGAGAUCAUCUAGAGGCUGCUCAUCUAUGAAUGCUAGAGGAAGAUAUGGGGUUCAGCAAGAGCGUGAUGCUUUGAUUGGUGCUUUUAUUAAAAUUCGCGAGGGUGUAUACAAAGGUCACAAGGGGCGUGUUAAGAGCAUAAAAGGAAAAAAUGUUCAGGUGGAAUUGGAGGCCCAGAUGAGGGUGGUUCUAGUGGGUCUUGAUCAAAUAACUGAUACUGUGAAUAUCUCAAUGCCUUCCCGGCAAGCAUCUAGAUCUGGCUUUGAAAGUGAGGCCCCUGUUCAUUCUUCACAAACUCCACUGCAUCCAUGUAUGACUCCAAUGAGAGAUCACGAGGUUCACGAUGGAGGGUGGACACCUGUGCAUGGAAUUCAAAUCCCAUAGUGGGUAUUACUGCCGGACUUUCUGGCAAUUGGGUCUAGGCGACCAUAUUUUGCUUGGUCUUUAUGGCUGAAGACUCUCUGGUUUUUUAACCUUUGAGACAAUUAGAUGUUUCUACUUCUUUGUACAUGGGAACUUACUUUGUGGUUGAAGGCCGUCUAUCUAUCAUUGGCUAGUUUAGAUUUCAGACAAUUAGAGGUUUGUACUUGCAUUUAGGAAAUUUUUAAGUAUUGAAGAAAUUUGAUUAUGU